AAAAUUUGUACAUCCUUUCCCGCUUGGGCAGUUAGCUGGGCAAUAAACAGUUGUGGUCAUAAACAAUGGUUUAUCAGUUCAAUCAUUUUCCCUCUCAAUUUCUUUUCUAGUAUUUUACCAUUUUUUUCUUUCAAAUUCCUUUUUUAUCCCAUAAAUUUUACAAUAAAAUUUUCCCCUAAUAAUUCUUAUGAAAGAUUCAUUUUUUCAUUCAACAAACAAAUAUAAGAAGAGAACCGAUGGUAAUAAUCAUCAUUUCCCUCGCAAAAAACCAAAAACCCUGAAAAAAUCAGCAUCAGUUGAAGUUAAGAGCUUCGAUGUCCCUUUGUUUUCUUCCAAAACCGGUUCUCCUAUCGAAUCCCUCCGCCUAGAACCUGACCGGCCUUACACUAUUGGUCGAGCCAAUGGUUCCUGCAACUUCACGUUCGGCAGUCGGUUCGUAAGUAAGCAACAUUGCCAGAUUUUAUAUGACAGUGUUGACCGUAAAAUAUUUAUUCUCGAUGGAACAAUUUUUUCGAAUGAUUUUAGUUUCAUUGUUAAUGAAUUUCGGAGAAGAUUUUUGUUGUAUGAUGAUGAAUUGGAAGAGAAAGAUAAAGAAGGGGAAGAAGUUUUAGGGUUUUCUAGGGUUAGGGUUUCUUUGAAUGGGGUUUAUGUGAAUAAGGUUAAGGUUAAACGGGGUAUGGUUAGAGAAUUGUUUGCUGGUGACGAGGUUUUGCUUGUUUGUGGGAAUGGAAGUGAGUGUAGUUUACGGGUUCGAGUUGGUUUUGUUAUUCAAGGGAUUGUUUUUAAAGAGGAAAUACUUUCCAAGUUGGAUGAGGUUACUGGUGGGACGCCACGGUCACUUGGGGCAAUGGUUUCAUCAAGACAUUCCCAAGGAACAAUGUCAAGUGGAAAGAGGAACAAAAGGGUUUUUGCCCUCCCAGCGAAGGAGAUGAAUAGAGGUUGGAAUUUCUCUGGAUCAAAAUCUAGUGAUGCUAUAGGGAGAGCCAAGUUUAUUUUAAGUCAGUGCCGGAGUAUAUUGCACAGUGAUGACCCCAUCUCUUGCAUUAGGAAAUGUGACAUUUUAGCUUCUGGACAGAACAUAUUUCUAGGGUUGACAUUAAGUGAUAGGAUGAAAUGUGCAAUAGGCAGUGAAGAAGAGGUUAGUAGCCUCUUUCCACUUUUCAGGCAGGAACCACAAUCUUCUAAUAAAAAUGACAAACCUCUGCAGUCUAAUUCAUUUAGAAAAGUGGCAACUUCAGAGUUAGACCAGGAUUUAUUUGGUGAUCCUUUACCUAGUGACCUUCCAUGUAGUAAGGGGCCUGUUGAAUGCAGUGGUGAGGACGUUGCUGCCAAUAACAGGUGCGGGAUGUCAUUAAUAAAUGUUCCCGAGAAGGAAAAUGAUCCUGACGUUGAUCGUGUUGGGACAAGCAAGAUUUCAUUAAACUAUUGUUCAGCACCUGGGAAGAUGUUUUACCUCAAUCGCCUUGCUUAUUCAGAUAGUGGCUCAUCAAAUCACCAUUCUGUUGUUUCCUUGCGAGAACUUCUAUAUCCUGUUGAAAGCAUUUCAAAGAUAUUUAUUGCUACAUUUACAAGUGACAUUUCAUGGUUUUUGUUGCACUGUGAAAUUCCUUGCCAUCUGCCUGUAACAGUUGCUCGUCAUAAUGCUGAGAGAUGUUGGAGCUCAAGCCCUGAUGCCAGAACCUCCAUACCCUUCCCUGAAUUUCCAAACUUGGUUGCAGUGUUUCCCCCUUUCCCUGAGGUUAUCGCUUUUGGUAAUGAUCUCAAGAAACGGGGAAUUGCUUGCCAUCACCCAAAAUUGCUUGUAGUGCAAAGAGAAGAUAGUAUCCGUGUUGUCAUUACUUCUGCUAAUUUAGUUGCGAAACAGUGGGAGAAUGUAACCAACACUGUUUGGUGGCAAGAUUUUCCGCGUAGAAGGGAACCUGAUUAUUUGUCUCUCUUUUCAAUUUCUUAUGGAGAAAUGAAUAAUUCAAGAUCUGACUUCGCUGCUCUGCUAGCUGGCUUUAUGGCAUCUCUUAUUGUUGAUGUACCUGGUCAGUCUCAUUGGAUUGUUGAGUUGACUAAUUAUGACUUUACCAAUGCUAUGGGAUACCUGGUUGCUUCUGUACCUGGAAUGCAUUCAGACAGAGCAUUGAAGGCUAAUCAGAUAACACCCUCAUCAUUGGAUGCGAAGUUCCUUGGUCUGGUUGAAGCGUCUGUGGUUGGUUUAAGCCACCUUUUUCGCACUACAGCAGACAGGAAUGGUGCACAACUUAAGAAACUGGCGCUCUUUCUUGGCAAAACUUGUGAAAACACAAAUGGGAUGUUAAAUGUUGUUUUGAGAAGAAACACAAACAUCCCUGCGGAUGAGAAUGCUGUGAGUGUUCUUGUUCCUAACCCUGAUAAAAUAUCUUCAGGAGAUUGCAUUCAACUUGGUUUUCUGCCGCGGAAUGUCGCAAAAUGGGUUUCUCCGUUAUGGGAUAUUGGAUUUUUUGAAUUUCAUGGAUAUGUAUGUCGUGAAGAAGCCCUUACAGCUACAUUUGGUGGGAACAACAAGAAAGUACAGUUGAUACUGCAUGUGUUACAGGGGCCAAGUUUUUUAGAUAUGUCAAAAAUGAUGCAAGAUCAAAAUAUUGCUGCAUUAUGCUCUCUCAUUGCUUCAGUUCAGAGGUGUACAGGCCUUUGGCGACUUCAAGAGGUUUUAGGUCAAUACAAUUGGCCUGAAUCACAAGAGUCUGAUUUCAUUUAUGGUGCAUCCUCAAUUGGUUCAUCUGUCAGUGCACCAUUUCUAGCUGCUUUUGCCGCAUCUGUUGGAAAGAAGUCAUCACAAAUUUUUGAUUCAGAGGAGUCUGAUCCAGAGUGGGGCUGCUGGACUACUAGUCAAGAAUUGAGAAAUCCAUCCAUUAGAAUUAUUUUUCCCACUAUUGAGCAGGUGAAAAAUGCAUGUUCUGGCAUCUCUCCUUCAAGGCGAAUUCUUUGCUUUUCAGAGAAAACAUGGCAAAGAUUGAGAAAUGUGGGUAUACUACAUGAUGCAAUUCCUUCUCCCUCGAAUAGAGUAGGGCAUCCAAUGCACGUAAAGGUGGCACGGAGGCGCUUCUGGUCCAAGGCAAGCUCAUCUUCAUCUGGUUGGGUUUACUGUGGGUCUCAUAAUUUUAGUGCAGCUGCCUGGGGAAGACCUAUUUCCAGUUCAGUUGGGAUAAAAGCUAGUGGACUUGCUCAGACCAACUCCACUUCAAGGCUUCACGUCUGUAACUAUGAACUUGGUAUCAUAUUUGUAUUUCCUCCAAUGGAGACCAAGUGCAUUGCUAACCAAAAUAGAACGAAGUUGGAUGAUGUUGCCUUACCAUUUAUUGUGCCUGCACCAAAAUACGGGCCAAAAGACAGACCAGCAACAGCACAGGCUAUGAGGGAGGCAUUAGCUGAACUUUCAGAACGAGAAGCAAAGAGCCUUGCAGAAGUAGAAAUUACAGAAAAUAUGACGGAAGAGGUAUCAGAUGAAGACGACGAGGAAGUAAACGAAGCAACUAAUUAUGUCGUAGAGGAGAAAGAAGAAGAUAAAACAUAUGCCGAGAAGCUCUGGAGCCAGGUUGACUCAUCUCAGAUUUCUUGAUCCAGCCUCAGCAUCCAUUAACCUGUAACAUACGAGAUUUUUAUGGCCAAGACAUUAUAGAUCCCUUGUCUAAUUCAUUAUGUAUCAUAUAUAUACUGUAAAAGGAAAAAGAAAAAGACCACAGCCUAGUGCUUUUAUUGUAGGAAUAUGAAUUACAUGGAUCAUGAGAUCCAUUUUGUAAGAUUUUGAUUGUUCAUACCUGUUGUACGAAUUGCUUUGAUCUUCACUUUGAAAUUAUGCGUUGCCUAAA